AUGGACUUGGGAAAUGAAACAAGGAUUUCAGAAUUUUUACUCCUGGGAUUUUCCCAAGACCUAGAGGAUCAACGGAUGCUCUUUGCACUGUUUCUGUCCAUGUACCUGGUCACCAUGCUGGGGAACCUGCUCAUCAUCCUGGCCGUCAGCUCUGACUCCCACCUCCACACCCCCAUGUACUUCUUCCUCUCCAACCUGUCCUUAGCUGACAUCGGUUUCACCUCCACCACAGUCCCCAAGAUGCUGGUGAACAUCCAGGUGCAAAGCAAUGCCAUCAGCUAUGCAGGCUGCAUCACCCAGAUGUAUUUUUUCAUGGUUUUUGGAGGCAUGGACACAUUUCUCCUCACUGUGAUGGCCUAUGACCGGUAUGUGGCCAUCUGUCACCCCCUGUACUACCCUGUCAUCAUGAAACCUCGCCUCUGUGGCCUGCUGGUUCUUGUGUCCUGGUUCCUCAGCUUGUCAUACUCCCUGAUCCAGAGUCUGUUGAUGCUGCGGGUGUCCUUCUGCACCAGUUGGGUCAUUCAGCACUUUUACUGUGAGCUUGCUCAGGUCCUCACACUUGCCUGCUCAGACACACACAUCAAUUACAUCCUGCUCUACAUGGUGACCGGCCUUUUGGGCUUUGUGCCCUUCUCAGGGAUCCUUUUCUCCUACACCCAAAUUGUCUCCUCCAUCCUGAGAAUCUCGUCCACAGAUGGGAAACACAAAGCCUUUUCUACCUGUGGAUCUCAUCUGUCUGUGGUUUCUUUAUUCUAUGGGACAGGUCUUGGCGUGUAUCUUAGUUCCAAUGCAUCGUCCUCUUCCUGGCGGGGCAUGGUGGCCUCGGUCAUGUACACUGUGGUCACCCCCAUGCUGAACCCCUUCAUCUACUGCUUGCAGAACAGGGACAUCAAGAGGACCCUAGAGAGACUGUUUAGGAGAAAGCUGUAUGCUCAAUGA